GGAAGUGAGCCGGCAGGUGGCACUAUAUUGCAAUAGCUACACAAGCACGAGGAAGGAGGCAGGAGAGAGCCGGCGGGUGAGCAAGCCGGUAGCGGCUGUGCAUUGGCGGAGCAACAGUUGAGGCGCGGAGGCAGACAGGCCAGGGGCGCUUCAAAGGCGUGAGGUAACCGAGCCAGAGCGAUCGAGCCUCGCUGGGUUGGUGGGUGCAGAGCCGGGCAAGCGGAUCCCGACGGACCCUGGAGGGACAAUGGAAGCGCAGGCGCAGGGUCUGUUGGAAAGACAAACAUUGCAAGAGGCAGAUGAAGAUAUGGUCACUGAUGUUGAUUUUACCAACACACUUUCUGAAGAAGAGCGAGAAGAGUUAAAAGCUGAACAUGCCAAGCUAGAGGAUGAAAUUGCAACUUUACGACAAGUGUUAGUAGCCAAAGAGAAGCAUCUUGUGGAAAUAAAACAAAAACUUGGUAUCAACUUGAUGAAUGAACUGAAACAGAACUUUAGCAAAAGCUGGCAUGAUGUGCAAACCACUGCUGCUUAUAAGAAGACUCAAGAGACUCUGAGCCAAGCAGGACAAAAGGCCACAGCUGCUUUCAGCAACGUUGGGACAGUCAUCAGCAAGAAGUUUGGAGACAUGAGUUAUUCUAUUCGUCAUUCCAUAAGUAUGCCUGCUAUGAGGAAUUCUCCUACAUUCAAAUCCUUUGAAGAAAAGGUUGAAACCACCGUCACAAGCCUUAAGACAAAAGUUGGAGGUGCAAGCCAAAGUGGAGGAAGUUUUGAAGAGGUUCUCAGUUCUACUGCCCAUGCCAGUGCCCAGAGUUCCAGUGUGAGCACUCGACUUCCAGAAACAGAAGAGGAGCUUCAAUGUUAGAGAGAUGGUAUUGUUUUUUUCCACACCUCUGCUUAAGACCAAUUCAGCUACAUAAGCAGUGCAUAUAUUUUCCAUGCUAAUAGUUAUGACCCAGUAGGAAAAUGUUAGUUUGAAUCAGGAAGGAUUCUCUUCUUCAUGCUUAUGGGCAGAUUGAUGGUACCAUUCAGAAUUGGCUCCUGGGUUUCUAGCAUUUUUCUUUGUGGCUGUAGAACAUGGAGCUUGGAGAAAAUGAAUGGGUCCUACAUGUGUCAAACUCAAUGUCAUUUUAUAAAUGCUUUUACAAGAAACAAGCUUCUACAAGAAACAGUUGUUCUACUUUUGAAAUGGACCUACAAAUGUUGUACUCUUGUCUAUAUGUGUAUAUAUGUUAUAUAUUUCCAGUAAUCAGUUCAAAUAAUAUAUACUUCAAAUUGGAUUUCUGAUACAUGGUAUUGUGAACAAGUGACCAGCUUGUUCUUAAUUUCUUAUUUCUUCUUAUUUCUACACAUGUACCUGCUUUGAUCUUUGACUGGCUUUAUUUAAAGGUCAGGCUGCAGUUUUAGUCAUGGUAUUUGUCCUAUGUCUACAACCCACUAUUGUUCCACAGCAUCCAUUUGAUUCACAGUGACUUGGUGGAUUACUACUUUAUGUCAUAAGCCUUCAGUGCCACAGCAAACAUAUUUCUUUGUUACCAAUAAACUGUUUUCCUCUA